GUUUCGAUCAAUCGGUUAGGGUAUUAAUCAGGGCUUCAAAGUUUUCAGCUUCACUCAAGAAACAAUUCACUUCCUUUACUCCGCCGUCGCUCACUUUCUCGCCGGCGUUCCGACAAUACUCUGUUUCCGACCGUUUAACAGAGAGAAGAAGAAUGGAAUCAAGACCAAGUGGACCAGCGAUGUUGACUGUGGAGGAGAAGGCCGUUUUAAACGAAGGAAUAGGUUUGAUACUUUCACGGUGGACUGCCAUGAGAGCCGCCGUAGAUAACGGUUGGGGCGGUCGAGACUCUCAUCUGAAAGCCAACCGCACCGUUUCCAAUGUUCUUGAUUACUUCAUCCGUCUCAAAGAUCCAACAAUGGGUUUUGAUGGGUUAGCUGAUAUUCUAGAGAAUGGUCUUAAUGAGUUAAACACUAUGGCUGAUGAUGGAAGUCUUGAGGAGGUGACAGAUACGUUACUAGAUUUGUAUUAUGAAUGUCUUGAAGGCAACUACGAAAGGGUUGAGAAGCUGAGGGUAACUAGUUCUCAGACGAAAGCAACUGUUGUCAAGGUUUCAAAUGGUAAUGAUGAGGAUGAUGGGGAGAGUGAUGAUGAAGAUGAUGAGGAUACAGACAUGAGCAAUGAUCAAAGCACAGAUAUGAUGGUGGAUGCAUCUGAGCAAUCCUCAAACCUGCAACAAGAAGCCAUGCCGGUUGAUGAACCAAAAUCUGAUGAUGGCUGGACUGUAGUUCCAAGUAGAAAAAACAAGGGAAAGAGGAAUUAAAACGGUUUUAAUUCCAAUGGUAUUUGUGUAAUGUCAAACAGUUUUGGUGUGUUUUUGUUUUUAAUACUGACAUAAUAUAUUGUUUACUUUCUACUAAACAAAAUCUGAAGGUUUAAGUUAUUGUUUUUCACAUGGUAAUUUGCUUAAGGUUCUC